GGAGCGGCCUUCCUUUCCCUUCUGCCUCAGCCGCCAAGCGCACAAGGUGCCGCGUCCUUCGCGUGAAGCUAAGGCCGAGUCCCAGCCGGCGACCAGCACCGCGCCCCCGCCUUCGCCAUGGCCUCCGUCUCCGAACUCGCCUGCAUCUACUCCGCCCUCAUCCUCCACGACGACGAAGUCACUGUUACGGAGGACAAAAUUAAUGCUCUUAUCAAAGCAGCUGGAGUAAAUGUGGAACCUUUCUGGCCUGGUCUGUUUGCAAAGGCAUUGGCCAACAUUGACAUUGGAAGUCUCAUCUGCAACGUAGGAGUCGGUGGUGGAGCUCCAGCUGCUUCAGCCCCUGCGGGUGGGGGGGCACCUGCUGGUGGUGCUGCUCCUGCUGAGGAGAAGAAAGAGGAAGAGAAGAAAGAAGAGUCAGAAGAAUCUGAUGAUGACAUGGGCUUUGGUCUCUUUGACUAAGCUAGCUUUUGCACUGGAUAAUAAAAUACAAAAGUGUAAAUGAA